AUGGACGAUAUUCUGGAUUCAGUUGCUACAAAUGAAGAAGCAAUCGGGUUGACUAAAGCAAUCGACAGCAUCCUUGAUAAUGGCGGGUUUCAUGUGAAGGGAUGGCAAUCAAACGGAGAGUUGAACAGGAAAGACGAGCAAGAAGAUGGUAAUGAAGUUGAUGUUCCUCAUGGAAAACAAGAGUCAAAAGUGCUCGGCCUGGCCUGGAACAAGAAAGAGGAUGUGCUUAAGUAUAAAGUAAAAGUAGAAAUAUGCCACACCCAACAGCCAAAGUUCACAAAGAGGAAGAUCCUAAGCCAAGUCGCUAGAAUAUAUGACCCAAUAGGCUUUGCAGCACCUUACCUUAUAAGGGCAAAGAUUGGUUUGCAGGAACUGUGGCAGCAAGGACUCGACUGGGACCAUGAACUAUCGCAAAGUGAUCAAACAAAAUGGUUGACGUACUUUAAAGAGAUGGAUCAGUUAAACGAAAUAUCGUUGGAAAGAUGUCUAUGUCCCGUUGUAAUGAUUGAGCCACCGAUCUUAUGUGCCUUUGCCGACGCAUCGCGAGAAGCAUUUGGAACAUGUGCAUAUUUGAGAAGUAUAGGACCUAAUGGAGUAGUGAACGUACGGUUUGUUGCAGCAAAGUCACGAGUCGCCCCAUUGAAAGAGCUAACAAUACCCAGAUUAGAACUACAAGCAGCCGUGUUAGCCAGCCGUUUAUGCAAGACCAUCCAAAAUGAACUCCGUAUACCACUAAAAGAGAGUGUCUUGUUUACCGACAGCGCAAUUGUUCUUGCGUGGAUCCGCAGCCAGAGAAGACGACUCAAACCAUUUGUUUCAAGUCGAGUAGGGGAAAUACAAAGCAACGUCCAACCUGCUCAAUGGAGACACAUCCCAACGGAUCAGAACGUGGCAGAUGAUGUAUCCCGUGGUCUCCGUGUUGUUGAGCUGUCGGAUAGAUGGAAAAACGGUCCUGAAUUCCUGUACUUGCCAAAGGAAGAAUGGCCGGUCGAAAACGCAAAACCCGAUGCAAAAGAAGUUGAAAGGGAAUGUAGAAGUUGA